AUGGCGACGACGACGGACCCCGCAGUGUGGACAAACGUGUCCAUGGUGCCCGUCAACGAGUCCUACUUCGACGAAACGGAGUUGAUUGUAUCGCGCGUGGUGCCGGUGUUCUUUGGGGUCAUCGGCAUCACUGGCCUGCUGGGCAACAUCCUCGUGGUGCUCGUGGUGGUAUCCAAUCCAGGGAUGCGCUCCACCACCAACCUCCUCAUCAUCAAUCUCGCCGUGGCGGAUCUGCUCUUCGUCAUCUUCUGCGUGCCCUUCACCGCCACAGACUACAUGCUGUCCAUGUGGCCCUUCGGCGAUUCUUGGUGCAAGGUGGUACAGUAUCUCAUCGUGGUCACAGCUCACGCCAGCAUCUACACUCUCGUCCUCAUGAGUCUCGAUCGCUUCCUGGCCGUGGUGCACCCGAUCGCCAGCAUGGUGAUUCGAACGGAGAAAAACACCAUUAUGGCAAUUAGUGUUCUCUGGUUCCUCAUCCUCAGCACCGGAAUUCCUGUUCUCUUCGUGCAUGGCGUGCAUGAAUAUCAGCACGGCGAUCGGAAUCUGACUUCGUGCACAUUUCUGAACGAUGAUGGAUUCUCCUGGCCAGCUUUCCACAUAGCGUUCUUCUCCAGUUCAUAUCUAGUCCCAUUAGUGCUAAUAAGCGGUUUGUACUUACGGAUGUUAUUGCGUCUGUGGCGAAACGGCGUGGGAGGAAGAAUAUCCGCCGAGUCUCAACGAGGACGUAAACGUGUAACAAGAAUGGUUGUGAUAGUUGUAGCUGCGUUUGCAUCUUUAUGGUUUCCCAUACAGGUGAUAUUAGUUCUAAAGAGCACCAAACUGUAUACUGCAGACACGGACCUGAAAAUAUCUCUCCAAAUUGCCGCUCACGUGUUAGCAUACAUUAGUUCCUGCAUCAACCCCGUGCUGUAUGCAUUUCUCUCGGAGAAUUUCAGAAAAGCGUUUCGAAAGAUAAUGUACUGCGGACCAAUGAUGAGAUCGGGCACCACGCGACAUCAUCAUAUUCCCCUGCCGACGAGAACUACAAGGACGGGCAGCAUUCCAGACACCGUCUAGAAUUAGGGCGUAAUAAUGAUAUCUCUCAAAGAAUGUACAUUUCAUGUUGCUUAAAAAUCAACAUGUUCUCUUUUUUUACACAUUAAUUUAUAAUACUUUAGAGACAUGAUGUUGCGAACAAGAUAAGGGAGGAAAAAUGAAAACGAAAUAAAUAAGUAAUGAAACACUCUAGUAAAUUACGAAAGAAAUUCUUACAUUCAAAUACCAAAUAUCAUGAAAUAUUACUAAUCUUAGCGUUGGAGAUAUUUGUUAUGUUUAAAUGGAAAUCAAAGUUGAGGAUAGGAAUAUAUUUUUUAUUAAUAGAAAAUGUGAAAAAUUUUACAACUAAUAGGCAAAUAUUAUGUGAAAAUCAAAUUGGUAAGUAAUGGGGAAAAUUAUUUCUGUGAAAAAGUUCUGUCAAUAACUUUUGUGUUUGAAUGAUUCAUAGAAUUGGUUUGCGUAGUUCAGCAUUUCGGCGCUCCGAUUGAAGUCACAUUUCACAAAAAGUCAAUUUCCAAUGGAUAAGCCUUUGUGAAAAAUAUCCGUGACAUUUAAGCUUUCCCAUGUCACGUGAGUUUAGCAUAUAAAUUUGGACAAAAACUAGAUUUAUAGAGCGCUGAAAGCUUUCAGCAGCGUUUGAGUUUUUGCAAAGUGAUGUGAAAAAUUUUUCGUUGCUUUCAAAGUUUCCUUCACAGUCGCCAUAUGAAACAUUUUCAUCGGCACCGCGCGUAUUUUUGCACCACAACGUGGGCAAAGGACUUCUGAGUCAUUCGACAGAUCAAAUGAUUUCAUACAUAUUGAUGAGUUGGUGGAGAGAUUUGAUUCAAUUGGCGGAAUGUAGAAAAAAUCCACAGCGUUAAAUUUAGUUUGACUACCGCCUAAAUGAAUAUGCUAAUUUAUAGCUUGAAUAAACCAUUCAAUUGGGCCAACAAGAAGCGAUAAUUCUUGAUUCAAUUAAGAUUCUCUUUUACGAGUACAAAAUAGCCAUAAACACCAAAUAAAUUGCUUGCAAUUCACACCGCAGUAAAUAAAAAUCUUAAUAAUAUCCUAUCAGAGAGGUGUCAACUAUCAAAUAAAUUGUGAGAAUGACAUGUAGAGAGAAUGUUGGUUUAACUUUUUACAGCAUUAUGAAAAAUUUAUUAUUUUUGCACAGACGAGAAAUCAUAAUUUAAUUAAAAUAUUGCUUUGAUAUCCCCCAAGAUGUGCCAAAAGCAUAUGAGUGAAGUGUUGUUUGAGAAUCUAGGCAAAUAUAAAAUUGCGUUACGGAGAUGUGUUGAAAGACUUGAAUUAUGUAUAAUAUGUGUAUGUAUAAUUGAUGAAAACCCGUAAUUCAGAAGCUGAAUCUGUAUAGUUAAAUAUUUGUAUAUAUAAGUUAGAGAACAUCAGAAUUUAGGAUAUAAUCAUAUCUAUAAGGGAGAAAACAAUUGUGUCAUCUUAAAGUAUUUAGGACUCUAAGUAGAUUAACUCUUUAACACCGCUGCAUUGAGACAUCCCUAAAGUGGGAAAGAAGGCGUCAGUAAUAACAGUGAGGAGGCAUUUUGGUAAAUGUUACAUAGUCAAUGAAUUUUGAAGCUAAGAAUUGUGGAGACGAAACUGCAUUCGUGUGGAAUUCUCCCUGAAUUGAGCCCCAACUCCGUGAAUUCCACAAGAAAACCACACCGCUCCGCAGAUUAGAGGUAAACUUGUAGGAGAUAAGCAUAUGUAAGUAUUUUGUAAUGUGUAAAUAUAUCGAAGAAAGAGUAGUGACUAUUUUGCACAUGGAAUAAUUGAAUUCAAUGUGCAAAAUAUGAUGAUGACAUUAUCGGUUUCUUUGAGUGCUGAUCAGCUUUAGAAAAUAUAUCAUCUCAAAUCACAUAUUUUCUGAAGCAUCAUCUCAUCGCGCAACCGACGAUAUUGAUGUUUUUUGAGGUGGGGAGAAACAUUUCACAUGGCGUGAAAGAAAUUAAUUUUGACAAAGAGUGGUGGCGCAUGUGGAGUAAAUAUAAUUAUCAAACAUUACAAUUUUAUCGACGUUACACUCGAAAGGAGAAAAUUAGGAACGAUUUAUAAUUUAAUGACUGCUGUUUUUCUUUACACUAAAUAUCACUUUUGGUGCUAAUAAAUAUCAAAUAUUUUAUUUUACAUGGAUGGAUUUCCUGGCGAAAAAGCAAACAUCCUUUCAAACUAUCAGUGUCCCUCCAAUGUCACGAGAGUAAAUAUAAUUUGUCAUCUCUUCUAUUCUUCUGCACAUUUCAGGGGGCGUUCAUCCAGGAAGAAUGUCUUUGAUGAAACAUUGUAAUAAAUCUGACCCACCUGACAAUAUUCCAUCAGCGUCGCAAAUUUCUUCAAAGGCACGACUUCACGGAAAAGUGCUUUGGAAAAAUGAACGCCUCUUGUGUCACUGUGCAUGCUCUCUUGAUGAAAUAUUUGCUUUAGUUCGCUAUACUGAAAAAUAUGAAUAUUGCACCACCUGCACAGACUGUGUGCUAAUCAAUUCAUCAUCGUGCUCCUUCUGUCCGUGCAUGAAUUCGAUGACAACAAAACGAAUGAGCCAUUCAGCAACGAAGUGUAGAAACCCUUUUAACACUUGUGCAUAUUGAAUCCUGCCACCCACACUUAUAAUUUGCUCGUAGAAGAUGUGUGGGCGGAGAAAUUUCGCAUUUCUCAAACCUGAUAACUUGAAAAUACCACGCAAAGAGACACUUUCAAUAUACUUGUAGCAUCGCUGUCUUUCAUGUGCACCUUUAUUAUUGUGAAAUAAAAUUACCUCCAUUUAGAGGCAAGACACAGAGCUGAAGUUGCAAACUUCAUUAGGUGAAAAUGAAAUGCAAAAUUCAGUUGUGAAGCCGAGAGUCUCUUGCAUUCAUCGUGUUACCGUGCAUUUUCAAGUAAAGUGAAUCACAAGAAAUAAUAUCAAUUUAUUAGAUAUUAGCGCUAAUUGAAACGUCUGAAAGCUCCCAUUUUUUGCCAUUGCCAUCAAUUCAAUACAAUUCCAUUCACCCUUCUGCUCAUGACAUGGAACAAGAGAAAACUUUUUCAUACAAUUUGAUUGCAGAAAAUGAGCAGAAAUAUUGUUUACUUAGCAGGAUUAUAACUUUUCUGUAUCAUUAUUUCAUUUGAAAUUCACAAGAAUCACAGCACAAAGCAUAGAUUUACUUAACAGCACGUGGAGAAAGACGAGAAAAGCAAAUAAUGUAAAGAAAAGUAUUUCCAUAAAAAGUAAAUUUAAUAUAACCAAUGACAAAUAUUGUAGUUUGGCGAACAUUUCUAUAUAAUUUAAGAGUCAUUUCUCAAGUUCUCUCAACGGAAUAAAAGUGCAGGAAGAAUGUCAAUUGUGAAAGUUGCAUUUUCAUUUGAGAACAAAAUUUCAAACUUUUUUAUUAAUCAUGAAAUUCCAGCACUUCCACGCUGAAAAUUUGACCAGCUUGUAUGAAGGCCGGCAGACAAAGAAUUAUUGAGAAUCAAUAUCAAUUAAAAUCGGUUAAUUACAAUAUGACAUUGAUUUACAAUGACCAUCAUGAUUGAUGAAUGCUAAAUUCACAACGUGUCGAGUUGAGUGCGUGGAGAGAGUGUCUCCUAAAGAGAAUUUGAUACGAUUUACGGUUGGGAAGAAGACAGCAUUAAAUGUUAAUUAGUGACGCAAAAUUAAGUGCUUUCAGCACAACUUUCUGCCACUCAAUUCUGUACACGUUUCAUGGAAUUGAAUUGAAAUCAAAGAGAAGCGAGUGUAUUUCCAGAACCUCGUGCAGUUUUGAUAAUGCGGCAAUAAAAGGGAUGGCUGAUGGUCAAGCAAAUCAAUGAAAUGAUGAUCAUGAUUCGAGGAUUCUCUGCAAAAGUGAGCUGGAAAGUCGCGAAGUAGGUCAGUUUGAAAUGUACCACGAAAGUAUGUUCUUUCGCGGUAGAUUUUGAUGAAAAAUUAUGAUGAAGAGUUCGUAUUUUUGCGCUACUGGAUUAAAAAUGGAUAAACAGCAAUUAUAAUAUCAAUAUAGUCAGUAUUAAAAAUUUCAUAAAAUUGAAAUAAUUGCAUUACAUACCGAAGCACGAGUUUUAUUUAAUCAAUCCAUUAGCGUAAACAUUUUUUUGUUACUAUUUUGUGAAUAUGCCAUAUGCUGGCAAAUUAAUGUCCAUCAAUGUAAUACGAAUAUACAAAGUGAACAAAAGUGUUGAACGAAUAUGGUUUUAUUUAUUUACCCAUUAAUUUAUAUGCAUCUACAAUAUGUAGGACUACAUGAGAAUAAUGAAUUUAUUUAGUAUUAAAAUUGAGAUAGUGUAUGGUGGAAAAUAAAACAAGGAUAAAUUGUGUAUUUUAUUGAAUUUUAAUAAAAAUGAAUGAUGCAGA